CAGGGUAGGGACAUCCUUAGUGGGCGGUGCCGCUUUCGUCGAUUAGCUUCCUUCUUCACUCCUUCGCUGCUCUGCUCUCACCACUCAGCGUUCCUAACCAUCUUCUCUUUCUGCUAUAUAAUAUUUUAUUCAAUUUUUUAAUUCCAGCUAUCAACUAAAUUCUUAAUUCUCUUUUCUGUGUUUUUUUUUCUUCAAUCUGUUCCCAGCAUCAAAAUCCUCUCUCCCUAGCAAUAAGGAAUUGGUGUAAAUUGUUCAAAAAGCUUAAAGCCAACCCAAAAAGAAAAGGAAAAAAAAGCAGUCUGUGAAAAGAUAACGGCAGUAAAAUACACUGAGUAGCAUUUGAUCUUCCAGGGAGUCCGUUUCUCUAUUGAAAUGCUGAAGCUCUUUAGGGCUUACCAGUGCAUCUUCGUUUUCUUUCUCGUUCUCUCUGUCGUUGCAUCCAUCUUCAGAAGAUAGUUUAUGAUCCACUAGCAGUUCCCUAUUUGUUUGGUCAUCCUACACUCUGGCAUUUAACUUAGCACCGCAGACGCGGCAUUUGGAUUUGAACCUGAAAUAAGAUGGCAGCCAAGCUUGUCAAAGCUGCAACAAGUGAAAAACUGGCUGAAACUGAUUGGACGAAAAAUAUUGAAAUAUGUGAAAUAGUUGCUCAUGAUCAAAGGCAAGCUAAAGAUGUUGUUAAAGCUAUUAAAAAAAGACUUGCUGGCAAAAAUCCCAACACUCAACUUUAUUCAGUCAUGUUAUUGGAAAUGUUGAUGAACAAUAUUGGGGAUCCUAUUCAUAAGCAUGUGGUUGAUAUGGGAAUUAUUCCUAUUUUGGUGAAUAUUGUGAAGAAAAAGUCAGAUUUGCCUGCCCGUGAGAGGAUCUUUCUCCUUUUAGAUGCCACGCAAACAUCCCUUGGCGGUGCUUCUGGAAAGUUUCCCCAGUAUUAUAAUGCAUAUUAUGAUUUAGUGAGUGCUGGCGUGAAAUUUCCUCAAAGGGAUCGUGUGGUGCAAUCAAAUCAUCCUAGUUCACAACCUACUAAGAUCAGUAACGUACUGAACAGGGAGUGGGGCUCACCUAGAGAAGAAGGAGUUGCUCAGCAAGCAGAGUCACAAACUGUUCCUGAAUCUAGUAUUAUUCAAAAGGCGAGUAAUGCAUUAGAGGUUCUAAAAGAAGUCCUUGAUGCUGUUGAUCCCCAGCAUCCUGAGGGAGCAAGCGAUGAGUUCACCCUUGACCUUGUAGAACAAUGUUCAUUUCAGAAGCAAAGGUUAAUGCAUCUUGUGAUGACUUCUCGAGACGAGAAGAUAAUUUCUCAGGCAAUUGAAUUAAAUGAGAAGCUUCACAAAGUACUUGCAAGACAUGAUGACCUUCUUUCUGGUGGAGCUACAGCAGCUGGUAAUUGUUUUGGCCAUGAUGAACCAGAGGAAGAGGAGCCAGAACAGUUGUUUCUUAGAUUACGGAAAGGGAAGGCUUGCGUACGGGCUGAAGAUGAAGACACUGCACCCCAGUACCCUGACUUGGCUUUGCUUGAAGAAAGACUGAAUCGUCCACUAAUAAGGCCGCUCUCUCUAGAGCCAUCACGAGAACCUAGUCCUGGUUCUCUUCCCGCUACAAUUCCGCCUCCUCAUGCAAAAGGCGUCAAUAGAGAGCCGCCUGUUGUUGCCAUACCACCACCACCUGCAAAGCACAUUGAGCGGGAGAGAUUUUUUCAGGAAAAGAAGACGGAUGGUUCUCCUCUGGCGGGGCACAUGAGGGGCCUCUCUUUACAUAGUUUAAAUGGCAGCAGCUCUCACAGUGGAAGCUUUGAUUCCAGUGACUAGACUUCUGUUUUAUCUUUUAAAUGUCUAGUUUGAAUUUUAAGCUGUGAGAGGAUGCUGAUUUCUGAUUUAGUCCUGGUGGGUUACGUUAUGAGAAAGGAAGAACACAUCCUCUUGGAAAGUGCAUGUAGGGAGUUUUCUGAGAUCAUAUGCCAUGACCUGAGAUUUGUAAUUAUUGCUAGUAGGUGCAGGUUUGUUCUAGUGCUUUAUUUUCUAAUUUGUUGGGA